AUGGCUGUCGUAGAUAGUGAGGCCGUCUUCGAAGCGCGAUGUGCCAAGGUUGGUCUGUCCAGUGCAACGAUCGCAGCCCUUAAAGGUAAGGGCUGGGGAACCUUCGCAAAUUUUGCCUUCUCGACCUCGUUCAUUCCGGGGCAGGGGGAGGACAGUGUCUUUGUGAGAGAUGUGGUCGUUGCAGUGCUGGGCAGCUCUGAUCAUGCAUCGGCAGCCGCUUUGAGGAGGCUUCAUUUUGAGAGCUAUACGCUUACGGCAGCGGAGCUCAAGAGGCAAACUGAGGCCACGGAAAGCGAUGUGCCUCGGAAGUUGCCACCGGCCGAGAUUGCAAGCAGGAUCGAAGCACUUCAGAGGAAGGUGCUGCCUCUGCUUAUCGAGGACAGCCUCGAGCCUUCACAUUCGGUUGUGAACCUCGUGUCUCAGUGUGUCGAAGACCAGAGGGUCAGGUACAUUGAGCUGUGCAGGGUGACCACCAGAAAUCAGGAGGUCAAUUCCCUCAAGGAGGUCCCUUCGCUAAAGAUGCUUCAGCCUGACCGCUCAGGCGUGCUGCGGGCGGCUCCUACUCAGGACUCCUUGAAGGCGGCCGUCAGUACCGAACUCGAGGUCUUCCAAGCCCUCCGAAGGCGGGACAUUGCUUACGAGUUGGGUGGAUACAUGUCCUUUGCAGCUCACGAGCAGUUGGUCUGCUUCUUGAUUCGCGAGUUGCAGAAGGACACCCUGCCGGGUUGCGGGCGAGUGACGUUGAACCAAGUGCAGUCGGCCGACCGUGAGGUCCAUAUCCAGCUGGCGCGUAAGACGCGUGCUGGGUUUGUGAUUCCGGGACCUGGCAAGCUGCCUUUGGAUGACCAUCUAGCAACAGUGCUGGAGAUGCCCUCGAUUCAUUGGAUCCUUUAUGUCGAGGAUCAUGAGUCAUUGGGUACGCCAACGGGCACCAAGAAGCGAAAGCGCAAAAAGAAGAAGCAGCCGGUCAAAGAGACCGAGGCGAGCAAAGUGCAGCCUCCUCCUGAGCCGCCGGCGAAUCAGCCCGAUCGCAAGAAGUUCAGGGGUGUGCUGCCGCAAGCCUUGCGAGGGGGCGUAUCGCAUACGAAAGCUGGUGCGCCCAUCUGCUAUGGGCAUAACCUUGGGACCUGUGGCCAUACAGGGGAUCGCUGUGACAAAGGCUCCUUCAAGGUUGCUGCUUCUUCUUCAGUUUUGCCUAGUGACUUCAAGCAUGUCAUGUGCCGUUUUCUUCGGAUGCAGGCACCUCAUCGCCCAUUUGGGGCGUUGGCAAUCUUUCAGAAUCUCAAGGCUGAUCUGCAUCGCGACAUUAACAAUGACGGUGGGCUUUCCUCAGCCUUCAUCCGGCAAGGUGGCGAUGCGCUGGGUGUGGAUCGAGUGGUUCGCUCACGAACUGUUCGGGCUCCUGCUGUGAAGUUGGAUCUGACUCGGGCUGAUCAUCAAGCACAGAUCAUACAGGAGGUUCAGCGUGCGGAUGUCGUCUGGCUUGCUCCACCGUGUGGGACCGGCUCCAGGGCACGCGACAUCCCUUUGCCAGCCCAUCUGCCAGCAGAUGUUUGUCUGUCUGCAAAGCCGCUUAGGAGUGCCGUGCACCCGGAGGGUCUUCCGGACCUUGCGGGUACUGAGGCUCGCCGUGUGAGACUUGCAAAUCAGCUGUACCAAUUCUCGUCGGAAAUUCUCGAGCUUUGUGUGCGUUUGGGCAAAGUCUGUGUCAUCGAGAAUCCGAGGCGAGCCUGGCUUUGGAGUACCAAGUGGAUGAAACCUUGGGUUGCCCGCUUGCAUUCCUUGUUUUCUCAUGCUUGUAUGUAUGGAUCCGAGCUUAAGAAGGCCACUCGUCUGCUUUCCACACACCCUUUGCCGUCUAUGCAUGCUCUCUGCGACGGGCAGCAUGCUCACAAGUCAUGGGGCCUCACCCGGAGGGCUGGGCGCUGGGACUUUCAGACCAGCGGGACUGCAGCUUAUCCGCCUGCCUUCUGCAAAGCCGCGGCGUCUGACUUGAUCGAAAUAUGUGCUUCUUUCAAUGCCUUUCCGCGCCAAGACGUGGUGUCGGAUGUCUUUGCAGUAGCUGCAGCUGUGGGCCGACAGCCACGCGGUGUCACUCACCAGGUCGGACCUUCCGAGUUUGGUUCGACUUGUACCAUGCGUGUGCCUUUGCACGUGGCAGUGCCCGAAAUCAUUGACUCUGCAGCCCCGUGGCCCUUGCAAGGGCUGCCGUCUGGUUCUCGUUUGUUGAGCUCUCGGACGGUGUCACACGAUGGGGGUUCAGAGGGCGUCCGCGAGGUGAAGUUUGGCAUAUACCGUACUCCAGAAGCUUUUCUUGCUGAGGCGUCCAAAACCCGACAUCCCUUCGAUGUGCCAUCGAACUUCGACAUGGGCAACAUUCAGGCCAUGCAAGUCAUCUUGAGUCAAGGAGUGGAAGGUGUUAAAAAUCUUCGGGAGAGAGUGCUUUCUUACUACAAGGGCAGGGAAGCAGCGUUCCGUCCGGAAGAAGAGGCCCUCAGAGCUACUAUGGAUCCAGAGGUUCGAAAAGUGAUGGAAGGCAAGAACUUCCUCCUCUUUCAAGAGAUGCUUCGGGAUGCAGGUGUGGAGGACCCUCAUCUUCUCCGGGACAUGACGCAAGGUUUCCGACUCAUUGGCCCCCUGGAACCGUCAGGCCAAUUUCCUAGGAAGGUCAGGCCGGCUGGUAUCGAUGUUUCUCACUUGAAGGCGACGGCCCGAUGGUCCAAGCACCUGGUCGAGGCCUCGUGUCGGAGAGCCAUGCAGGACCAGGAGAUAGCCAAGGCUGUGUGGUCCGAGACCAUGGAGCAAGUGGAGAAGUCUUGGCUCAAAGGACCGUUCAGCUGGGAGGAGAUCGACAAGAAAUAUCAGGGUUGCUGGGUUCCGUCGAAGCGCUUUGGGGUCGCUCAGGCGGACAAAGUGCGAAGCGUGGACGACUUGUCGGAGUUCUUGAUUAAUGCUGCCGUUACUGAAACCGAGAAAAUCACGCUGGAGGGGAUCGACCAUAUAGUUUCCUUGGCACGUUUUUUCAUUGGUGCUACGACGGCUGGGGUGUCGUCCUUCAAGCUUCCUUCAUCCUCGGGGGAGUGGAUCACCGGAAAGGUCCACCCGGAUUGGAGAGCCGGGAGGGCCCGGAGUCUUUUCGGGCGUGCUCUGGACUUGAAAGCGGCCUACAAGCAGCUCUCUCGUCACCCGGAUGACGGGUGGGUGUCGGUGUUGGCUGUUCUUGACCCCAACGAGGAUGUGGUUCAUUAUUUUGAGGCGGUGGCGCUACCGUUUGGCGCGGUGAGCGCUGUGACCGGGUUUAACCGUACCGCUCGGGCUCUGAGGAAGGUGCUGACCAAUCUUUUCUUCCUGACCACUACGAACUUUUACGACGAUUACUGCCAAAUGGAGUUGGAGCCUUUGCGGGAUUCGGCACGCGUGAUCGCCGAAGCCGUGCUGGACCUGCUUGGAUGGAAGAUUGCGCAGGGCAUCAAGGCGCUGCCCUUUUCGCAGUCCUUCAACAUGCUGGGGGCUUGCAUUUCCUUUGAGAACGCUUACAAGGGUGAAGUCGUAGUCCGAAACAAGGAAGGAAGACUUGAAGCCAUCGAAGAGGUCGUGAAUGAGUGCCUAUCGAAACGCCGGUGUGAUCCCAAGGCUAUUCUCUCGAUCAAAGGCAAGCUGUUAUUCGCCGCUGGGAAUGUGUUUGGCAAGUGUGCUCAGAUUGCAACUCAGCUUAUCUCGCAAUGUGGGACCGAGGGUUUCCGCAUGGGCCGCGAGAGGACCGACGAGUUUCUGGAGGGCUCUCUUGUGACUCACGGCGCUCUCCUCUACGAUCCGGUCUCGGGUCGCAAGGAGGUCUUUGGCGAUCAUAUCCCAGGGUCGCUUGUGGCCGCUUGGAAACGCGGGGGCCGGAAGCAGGUGAUUUACUUUGCUGAGAUUUUCCCUGUGGUUGUGGCCAAGGCCACUUGGAAGGAUGUGAUUGCCGGACGUCGAGUCCUCUUCUUCCUGGACAACGAGGGAGCUCGCUUCACCUUCAUCCGCUCGUACUCUGCUCAGGUGAAUGCUACUUCAUUGCUGAUGCAGUCUGCCAAGCUGGAUGUGGAGUCGAGGGCACUGGGAUGGUACAGCCGCGUCCCUUCUAAAAGCAAUCCGUCUGAUGCAGCCUCGCGCCUGGUUUUCGAUUCGUACUCCGAUUGUCGGCGUGUGGAUCCCGUUUACGAAGCCCUGCUGCCAGAGGGCAUGUGA